GCCUUCUUCGCGCUCACGGGUUUCAAUCGACUUUUCAGACCUGAGUGGCAUGGGUUUCAUGCUAUAGCUAUGCUAUGCUUCACAUCGCAUGACAUCGAUUGCACCCAUCAAUGAUCAAUCAAACCGUUGCAUCAGCUGAAUCCCUUGAAUGCUGGAGUGAAAGGACAUGGCGACCUCUCCAAUAUCCGCGUCCUCUCCAAAGGUAGAUUCUGAUGACUUUUACUCAGAAUAUUUUGGCCACAAAGAAGAGCAUCUGCAGCAACUGUUGCCACUUCUUCGCUCUUCCUCAGAUUCUCUUGUCUGGCUGGCAGGUGACAGCAGCCUAGAUAACAAGUAUUGGUUUCAGUUGACACAGCCGGCGGUGGGAGGCUAUCGCGACCUUCUGGAUCCUCCUCGAUCCAAGACAGACAUUGCUUACUGGAUGAAUUUUCUUGCUUUGGAGGAUCCCAGCAAUGAAUUACCUCGGAUCGCCACUAUCAACACCGCAGUCGAAGAGACUACACUGAAUCAACGCACAUGGAGAUGGCUGCCACAAGACAAGUUCAUUCGAGACAAGAUUUCACCCGACGAUAUCCUCAUUGUGUCUGCUGGCGGCAACGAUGUCGCCUGGGCACCUUGUCCGUGUACAAUCGUGUCGAUUCUUUGUCUUUUGAAUCUACCAAUGUUUUGCAUCGAAAAUGCGUUCAACUGUGGGUCAGUCCCGACGGACGACUACUGCUGUGGUUGUGGAGCGUCACUGGCAUCUUGUGCCUGUGCAUGCCCUCCAUGCUCAGGGUACUUUAAGCAUCUCUUUGGGACAAGAGUGCAAAAGUAUGUUGAAUCCUUGGUUGCCAAGACCAAACCCAAAGCUGUUUUGAUAUGCAUGAUAUAUUUUCCGGAUGAAGCAAAGACCAUGUCAUGGGCAACUCUUCCGCUGCAGCUCCUAGGAUACGAAAGCAACCCUUCGAAGCUCCAGUUGCUGAUUCGAAAGGCAUUCCAGGAUGCCACUUUAGCCAUAAAGAUACCAGGAACCAAGGUCAUUCCUGUCCCCCUCUAUGAAGUCUUGGAUGGGAAACAUUCUGAAGAGUACUGUGAACGAGUGGAGCCGAGUCCAAGUGGUGGCAAGCUUUUGGCUAGGCUUUUCUUGAUGAUCAUACGACAGCAGGUCACUGGAAGCAGUCAAGAUUCAAGAAAUGAAACUGCGAUCGGAGCGCCUGUGUCUCAAGCCAUGGCUGAAAGGUCUUAGCUACUACAUCUUGAUUCGAUUCCAAAAUGGUGAUAGAAAGGCUUGAAGGCAGCCAUCAUUGUAUCGUACCAUCCAUGGAUGGUUUCUGAACUACUACUCGCAGUCGAGAAUCAUUCCCUCUCUACU